UCUCAUCAUCAUCAUCAUCAUCAUGACCAUCAAUGAGUAGGCUCUGUAGCCUUCAGUGCAACGUGAUAAAAGAGUACUCCACCUACGCUGCUGAUUGGCGUUACGCAGGUAUCCAGCUAUUAUUUAUUACCGCAAAGCCUAGACGCUUCAUUUAUCCUGACUGGCUCUCACAGCGGGAUCUAGCCGAUUCCACUCUACUUUGUACUUGGGCGCACUCAGCUGACUUGCCAACCGCAUUAUCUGCUCGACAGAAAACAGGCGAUACCGACAAGAUGAGAAGAGGUUUGCUACUGGUGACUUUUUUCCUCGUCAUGGAAUUUCGCUACAGCCGGUGCAGAUGCGACGAGCCCGGAUCGCGCAGAUCAACUUCAGACCAGACCAUAGGCUUAGAGAACUUUAAGCGGAACAUCCUGAAGAGAUAUAAUGACUUGGAUUAUGACAGCUUUGUGGGUCUGAUGGGGAGAAGAAGUGCAGAGGCUGACGCUGAACAACCACCCCAAAAAAGGGAGAUGGAUGACAUUUUUAUUGGACUUAUGGGACGGAGAAACGCAGAGACUGAUAAUGGUCCCUGGAGGAGAGAGUAUCCAGAGAGGAGGGGCAUUUUUCUCAACAAGUGCAGGCUGAGGUUACUUCAGGGACUGUAGACACUGAGAGUUACUUUCAUUUGGCUACAAUGACAGAAUAUCACCGAGAACAUCAACAGCAAACCAAAUGUCUGAUGGAAACGAAAAAACACAUGUGAUUCCCACUGUACCCGGCUUAUGAAAGUGACAAUGUACCAAGCAUAAUGUACGGUUUUAUCUGGAGACAAAGCAUAAUUAGAAGUAAUAAAUUCUAUUUCUUUAUCAUGUCAUUCUUUUUCUUAAACUUCAAAAUAAAUGUAAUUUUUUAUACAUAAUUCAUUCAUUUAAAUGUUGGUGCAUUUUCCCUCGUUGUUUAGGUGAUUCUUCAAGCUGUUGUCUCAUGUUGAGACAAUAAUGUUCAAUCACAGUGUUGGGUUAAAUAAAAUCAGGUGCUCAAACAGUUCGACAGGGGGUUUCAAAUAUACUCUGAAAGGUGAAAAGAAAACACUUUAUUUUGCAUUUCUGAAACAAACAUCAUUUCAAACAUCCUGACUCUGGUUUUAAAGCGUGUGUUAAUUAGCUUGAGUUACAAACGUAAUUUAAAAAAAAAUUAAUUUAUUAACUUGAAGUAUUUUAUGCCAAAUUAAUUAAUUACUCACAAUUAAUAAUAAAUGUCAUACAUCUAUUGCUUUUUCCUGCAUAACUCCAAGCACAUUGGCUGUGACAAUAAAUUCAAACACUGAUGACAUCAAAUAUAAUUAAGGCUAAACCAGAUGUUCAUAUUGGUUGAACACAGCUGAGACGUAUGUAGCCUCCACUCAAACAUCUCUUAUCUUUAACAACUCACGCAUGUUGUCAUACUCAGUGGAAUAUAAUGUAAGCUUUGUCAGAAGAAAAGAGUUUAGUUAGUGCACAGUAAAAGGGUUUUCUGAGAAAGUCAUACUUUUCACCACA